AUGAACAUAUUCUCCCAAGUAAUAAAACCCUUCAUCCAUUCAUGCAACAGAUUUUUCUCAUGUGAAGGAGGAGCAACAGGUUUUAAAGUGGCCAUUGCUGGAGCGUCUGGAGGUAUAGGACAACCUCUGUCUAUGUUGAUGAAAAUAAACCCUUUUGUGAAAGAGUUGUCGUUGUUUGACCUCCUACAUACACCAGGUGUAGCAGCCGACCUGUCCCACAUAGAAACACCAUGCAAAGUGAAAGCGUUUAUGGGUUCGGAUCAAAGAUGCGAAGCUUUAAAGGAUGCCAAUGUUAUAAUUAUACCAGCAGGGGUUCCGAGAAAACCCGGCAUGACCAGAGAUGAUCUAUUCAACGUUAAUGCAACCAUUAUCAAGGAGUUGGCUGAAGCUGCGGCUGAAGUUGCACCGAAAGCUCUAAUCGCUAUUAUAACCAAUCCUCUUAACUCAGUGGUACCCAUUGCAUGUGAGGUGAUGAAAAAAGCCAACAAAUUUGACCCAAGGCGUAUUUUCGGAGUGACAACUUUGGAUAUUGUACGAACUAAUACUUUCGUUGCUGAUGCUAUGAAGAUAAAUCCUAAGGAAGUUAAUGUACCUGUUAUCGGAGGUCAUGCAGGAAACACCAUAAUACCACUGUUUUCCAGGUCAAAACCGCAUGUUUCCUUCAGCGAUGAGCAAAUUAUAGCCAUGACCAAACGAAUACAAAAUGCUGGCACUGAAGUUGUCCAAGCCAAAGCUGGAGCGGGUUCAGCCACAUUGUCCAUGGCUUACGCAGCUGCAAGAUUUGCGAAUGCCCUAAUGCGCGGUCUAAGUGGUGAAGAAAAUGUUAUGGAGUGCUCCUAUGUGGCCACUGAUUGCGGGGAAGCCUCCUAUUUUUCCACGCCUUUAGUGCUGGGGAAAGACGGCGUUAAGGAGAAUUUUGGACAUGGGGAAUUGAACGAUUUCGAAAAACAGGAAGUUGAAACUGCGAUACCUGUACUCAUCAAAAAUAUAAAAGCUGGAGUGGAUUUUGUUAAUAAGUCCAAAUAAGUUAAGUUGAACUUGUAAUAUUUAAAAUGAAUUAAAG